UUGGAGUCGUUUAUCAAUAUAUAUGGGACUAAGUCGUAGCGCAAGUCAGACAUUAUUGUGAUGUUCUGGACCUUUUGUAUGAGGAGAUUCUCUCGAACUGGACCUUGUUGAACUUAAAUUGACUAUAAAAACAGUUUUCAGAAGAGGUUAAAAGGUGGUAGGGUCCUGGGCAAUUUUUUUUUUUUUUUUUUUUUGUAAUACUAAAAAUGUGGUCAUGUGUACUCGAGUCAUUUGAAUGUCCCAACAUUACAUAAUUUGCCCGGACGGCUUUACAAACAUUGUACAAUAGACGACACUUAUUUGGUCAAGUAAAAACCUUCAACAGGAGAAAACUGGGCAGCAGAGGAGGGAGCCCUUCUUCCAGGACUGAUGGACCUGCAAUAGAUAUUUCACAUAAGGAGUGAAUUAUCCUUUUACAAUUUUUCGGUACAUUUUAAAAACCACAAACCUAUAAUAUUAAGUAAAUAUUAUAGCAAUGUUUCAGGCGAAGUUUAAAAAGAUGUUGAACUAGAAAUCUGAACUUUUGGACGGAGCUGAAGGGUUCCUGCCAAGGCAUCUGGAUCUGUGUACCAGCUCCAUAAUAUACCACCGAGUCAGACCUAAACGUGCCUUAAGCCAAAGGUAUACCGUGAGCAUACGCUCGGGUCCAUGUUCAUUAAUGGCUGUAUGUAUAGGCUCUGUGUGGAAGUCCACGUAUUGGCAAUUUGUUGCCGCUGUGCGAAUAUGUCUGCGCCAGAAGUUUUCAGUGAUCUACUGCACAUGUGCCGAACGGGUCCUCCCAAGCGAACAGUAAAAACAAAACUCCUACACAUCCAUGAUGUCUGCCGCAGUCUGUGUUUGUGUCUGUUUGGAAGUAGAACACUGGAAGGCUUUAGAAGUGAUCAAAUCUUAACAACAACCCUAAACAUAACAGUGAAAGCUGCAGAGACUCCAGAAAUGACAUGAUGUUGCCGGUUUGUGUACUAGUUUUAAUAAUAAUAAAAAAUCUCUGAGACAUGUGAUGAUAACUCAUUUGUCAGCAUGUCAUCGUCAUUGAAAAUGUCUCCCGUUCGUUACAACCUGCACGCCGGAAACUGUGCACUGUCUCUUUAAGAGGCUGCAAGGGUGCUUUGCCCUGUGCUCGGUGUAGUGGGGGAGGGAGGGAGGUUGUUGAUGGAAAGACGGGCCCUCAUUGGCUGGGCCUUUACUGAGGACAGUGACAUCACACGGAGGAGAGGCCCUGUGGUGUAAAAUAACAUGUCCUUUUAUGGGACGAGGUGGAUCGUUCCAUUCUCGGAGAGAGGUGAGGUUUUGUUCCCUUCUCGCUGCUCCCUUUAAUAAAGUCUUUCUCCCUGAAAAACUUCUUCCUGUGAGGCUGUUUUAGUAAAUAGUUAUGGCUCUAAGUCUGUCUUAGACCAAGCUCAUUUAUAUCUUUAGUGUUAAUCCUUUAUUCUAUUUUAUCUCCUUUGGUUUUACUGCUCUUAAUCUUGAGUUUGAUCGUAUAUUAAACUGCUGUUGGACGUCUUCCCCCUCUCUGUUCUUGCAGUCUCUCUUCUUUGAUGUUAAAUUAAAAGGUGUAAUUAGUCACACCAGUCAUAGAUGUAUUACUAUGUUUCAGCAGUCUCAUCACUAUGCUUUGCGUAACUCAUAUGCUCAAUUUACUGGGAUUAAAAGAUGACAAGAAGGAACCACCAGGACUGUCUCACUCUCUAGUGGACAGGAGACUGUCUCACGUUCACUCUAAAACCUUUACACACUUACCCACCCCCCCAGCCUCUUUUCACCUCUCUUGUUCGCCACACAUGCCUUCACAUCAAAACACUACACAGACAAAUACAAAAGCCGCAGCUCCCCUUUAGGCUUCACCUAGCGUGGGACUACCUCCUCCUCCGCCGUUUGCCGACGUGGUAUCUCCCGAGAACGAGCAGUCACCUCCCCUCUUCUAAGUCAGAUUUGUCACCACUCCAAAGGAAAUACAUUGUACCUCCGAGUAGAGUAAAGAAAACUGUAGUUUACACUCUUCCAGCUACAGAUGUAUUCAGGAAGAAACAGGGCCAGGUUGUCUUCACGGGAGGAGGUUAGGCGUAGAGAUUUAGGCUGACAAGUCAUAACGAGAACACUUCUGAAUCCUUGGGAGAUCCUUUUUGAAUCCUCCUCCCUCCCUUCUUCCAAUGUUUCAGUGGUUGGGGCCAUGGCCUCUCAGUCAGGCAACAUGAACCGUGAGGACCGGAAUGUGCUCCGAAUGAAAGAAAGAGAAAGGAGAAAUCAAGAAAUCCAGCAGGGAGGAGGAGGAGAGGCCUUUCCAGCAAAUUCACCUCUCUUCCCUGAACCCUACAAAGUGUCCAGCAAGGAAGAUAAACUGUCAAGCCGUAUUCAGAGCAUGCUGGGCAAUUACGACGAGAUGAAAGAGCCGAUUGGUGACACACUUCCUAAGAUUGGCGGUAAACCAUCUAACAGCUCGUCUUCCUCCGAGGAGAAAUCGGGCCCACCUUUGUUCGGCGGGGACCAGCGCGGCGUCGGUAGCGGUGGCAGCAGCCAGAGCAGCAAGUGGACCCCCGUUGGCCCCGCGGCAGGCGGAUCUUCGUCCCAGUCCCAGAAGCGCUCGGGACUCCAGGGCGGCCACGGUAGCCAGAGGAGCAGCGGCAGUAGCGGCGGCAGCAGCAGCGGCAGCCAAAGACACGGAGGGGAGGCGCGGGAGAAGAAGUCGAGUAAACACGGCGGGGGGUCGGAGCACUCCAAGUCGCACACGUCGAGUCCGGCCAAGGGCUCGCUGAGUUCCUCCGGCAGCAACAGCCACUUGCGGGGCUCCUUGUCCGCCGAGCAGCACCACAGCAAAGAGCGCUACCGCUCCAAGUCCCCGCGAGACCGAGAGGCCAACUGGGACUCUCCCUCACGGGUUCACACCGCCUUCCCCACCGGACAGCACUCGAGUCAGGCCUUUCCCCCCUCUCUCAUGUCCAAGCCCGGCUCCAUGCUGCAGAAGCCCACAGCGUAUGUGCGGCCUAUGGACGGCCAGGAAACAGCAGAACCCAAGAGCUCGCAAGCGGAAAGCUACAGCGGACAGUCGCACAGCAGCACCAUGGGAGAGAUGAAGUCCAACAGCAAGGCCUCACUUUCCAAACUCAAGAUGCCCUCGCAGCCUGUAGAGGGAUCUGGUGACGCCAACUGUGUCGAUGAGAUUCUGAAGGAAAUGACUCAGUCGUGGCCCCCUCCGCUGACGGCCAUCCACACCCCCUGCAAAACAGAGCCCUCAAAGUUUCCAUUCCCCACCAAGGACUCUCACCCUUUCCCAAGUGGGCACAAGCGAGGUAGUUCGUCCAAGAGCUCCAGCAGCCACCAGUCCAAAGCUUGCGAUGACCAGCCCACUGUACUACUAGAAGAUGACCUGAAGCUCAGCAGCAGUGAGGACAGUGAUGGAGAACAGGACUCUGCCAAGAACGCCUCACGGAACACUUCAGCAAGCAAUAACAGUGAAGGAGCGGAGCAAUCCAGGGACGAUUCGAGCAGCCACAGCGGCUCGGAGAGCAGCUCGGGCUCCGACAGCGAGAGUGAAAGCAGCACGACGGACAGUGAAGCCAAUGAGCACCCGCGGCCCGCCUCUCCUGAGCCUGAACAGCCCAUGGCCAACAAGUGGCAGCUGGACAACUGGUUCAAGAAGGCCAAGCAGUUCUCUCCGGCCUCUCCAGUGGACAAUGUUCCGACCAAGUGCAAGAAAGAGGGCAGGGAUAAUGGCUCAGGACGCGGCUAUAGUAGCCAGGGAGGGGGUUCAAAAGACUCGGCGGCACCCACCCCGAGCAGGGACCUACGGGCGGCGCAAAAGGGCGCGGAGGGUGGCCGUGGCCGGCAAAAAUCCCCCGCCCAGAGCGAGGGUGGCACAAAUCCGCGAAGGAGCGUGGGUAAAAAACAGCCUAAAAAGUCUGAAAAGCCCCCAGUGGUGGAGGAACCCAAGGGAGGCCUGAGGGUGGAGAGUGAGCCGGCUCCAGAGAUACCUCCGCAUCGGCCUAAAGCUGCUACUAAGGGUUCCCGCAAACCAAGCAUCAAAAAGGAACCUAAAUCUUCCCCGAGGCCCACUGCGGCCGCUGUCACUACCGCAGACAAGCGUAAGGCCAAGGCGCCCACCAAGACCUCCCAGAAGUCCCGGGAGUUUGUCGACACGGACUCGUCGUCGUCGGACUCUGAGGGGAACGACAGCAUCCCGUCCUCGUCGCAGACGCCCAAGUACACCGAGAGCAUCAGGACCCCCGUGUGUGUGUUUUCUCCAAUGGAAGAAAAAGAGCUGUUGUCUCCUCUCAGUGACCCUGAGGAGCGCUACCCUACAAGGCAGCCUCAGCACCAGGUUUUACUAGUGAAGAUAGAUCUCAGCUUGCUGUCGAGGAUCCCAGGGCGGCCCUACAAGGAGCCUGCAGAGAUAAAAGUGGAGAGGGACGACUCUCUAGACCGGGACAACAAAGACUUCAGCAAACAGAGCUCUGAGAAGAGCUCUAGUAAGGCCAAGAGGAAACACAAGAACGAUGAAGAUGGCACAAAGCCAGAGAGCAAGCGCUGCAAGCUAGAGGAGAAGUCCUUAUCUCAUCAUAAAAACAGCAGUAAAGAGUCUAAGAGGUCCAUGGAAAAGAAAGAGGAGCCCGCCCCCUCUCCUUCCAUAUCGGGUCUUCAGCGGACGCCCAAGGCGGAGCAUCCGAGUCGAAAGAGGACGGUCAGCCAGUCCUCCACCUCUUUGUCCAGCGGGACAGGAAGUGGGAAAGAGGGAAGCCACAGCACCAAGGGCAACUCCACCUCCAAGCACAGAAAAGGAGAGGACAAGGGACGCAGCACACGCGACGGCAAGGAGAAAUCCUCAAAGGGCUGCGAUAACCAGCUGGCUGUGCCGCCGCUCACCACGGACGGCUCCAAGUCUCAGAGAUCCAAGCUGGUGUUUGAGGACAGGGUCCAUUCGGCAGAUCACUACUUACAAGAGGCCAAGAAACUGAAACACAAUGCAGAUGCACUGUUGGACCGCUUUGAGAAGGCUGUUUACUACCUGGACGCUGUGGUGUCUUUCAUUGAAUGUGGCAAUGCUCUGGAGAAGAGCGCUCAAGAGGCAAAGUCUCCCUUCCCCAUGUAUGCUGAAACGGUGGAGCUCAUCAAAUACACUAUGAAGUUAAAAAGCUACCUGGCCCCAGAUGCUACUUCAGCAGACAAGAGGCUAGCUGUGCUUUGCCUCCGAUGCCAGUCCCUCCUCUACCUGCGGUUAUUUAAGCUGAGGAAAGACAGCGCACUAAAAUACUCCAAAACCCUCACCGAACACUUAAAGAAUUCUCUGAGUAACACCCAGGCUCCCUCUCCUGGAAUGGGAAACAAGGCAGCGGGUAUGCCCUCUCCCGUGUCCCCCAAACUGUCGCCGGGCACGGCCGGGGGCUACUCGUCCGUCAGUAGCAGCAGCAGCAGCGCCAGCUCGUCUGUGACCAUACCUCAGCGUAUCCACCAGAUGGCUGCCAGCUACGUCCAGGUCACCUCCAACUUCCUGUACGCCACCGAGGUCUGGGACCAGGCGGAGCAGCUAUCCAAGGAGCAGAAAGAAUUCUUCUUGGAGUUGGACAAAGUGAUGGGUCCUCUGAUCUUCAACACCAGCAGCAUGACAGAACUGGUGCGUUACACGCGGCAGGGCCUCCACUGGCUGCGUCUGGACGCAAAGCUUAUUCCCUAGCAAGGACUCGUUCCCUGCUCGCUGCUUCCUCACACACACACACACACACACACACCUCAGCUUCUUGAGUUAAGGAACAUGUGCUCAAAGACGGUCACGCAUGCGCUCACAGACAGACACACAUACAAUGAUGUACUGUACGCACACACACACACACACACACACACACGUGAUGAACUUCUCAGACAUAUCUCCAACACUGUGUCCAUUUUCUACACCAGCUUGCCAAAAACACUGAGCACUCUAGAGCAUCUCACACCGUCGACAGCACCACACAGGGAGAAACAUGGGGAACUGCAGCACAGGAACAAAAACAAAAGCUUGUCGCCAUGCUUCAUAUAUCGGCAUUCUUACAAUCUUUGCCAUGUUUCUAUCCGUUUGGCACGGACGCGCUGGGUGAACUAUUUGCUAUGAAAAACGCUGAAAAAAAUUAGGGGUUUGGUUUUUAGGCUACUUUGGCUUUUAACUUUUUAUUUGACUUUGUUUCACCAAAGUACCUCCCAUGAACACCAAAGGUGCUUUAAAAUGAAGGUUUCUCUUUAUCAUUUUUGUGCCUUGUAUGUAAGUGACAGGAAAGACAAACAGCCACCCGUCAUAUCUGAAUACAUUUUCCCUUUUUUAUUAUAUUUUUUGCUUUAACUAAUUUGAUGCAUUUUAAAAUAUUUAACCGUUAACGGAAGCUGGCAACGUUCAUGUUUUUGAUUGCAGUCUUUCAGUUUUAAAUCAAGUCCUGUUAACACAUUUUAGAGUAAAGAUGGAGUUGGCCACACAUGAAGCUACAUUACCGCCAUCUUGAUUUUUAUCUUUCCUGCAGAGUCUCCAGGCGCUAAAGCUUUAAUCUUGAAGCGUGCCCACACUAUUUAAGAACGGACCGUAGGAAGGGCUACCGUGCACAGCAGAUUAAUACUUCUGACACACACGUAUUUAUAAAUGUUCUUACUCAUCAGUGUAUUUGUUUUUAAACCGGUGUUUUUAUUUUCCACAAUCAUGGACUCAUUUUAACCCUGCUACAAAGGUUGAAUGUUGGGUCAGUUUGCUCAAACCACCGUGGUCCGGUUUAAUGCAAGGAGCAUCCUGGCCUCUAGGGGCCGCUAGCGGGGCCUUUUCGGCUCUUGGCCUUAAUAGAAUUGAUCUCGACAAUGUUCUCUCUAAGAGAUGUUCUGCGUUUGAAGCUCCAGAAUACGAGCCUCUUCCUCUGACAUGUUGUUAACACUCGUAGCGACAUUGUUCAUUGAGAACUUUUCCUCGAGGCAGAGUGACUUCCAGACAGUGUUAUUCAUCGUUUGAUCCCUUGUUUGCUCAGAGUGUAUUUUUCUAAGGAACAGCAGGAGUGUCUUAAAGUAUUGAAGAUCAUUUCCACACACAAUGCAGUUAUUUACGGUGCAGUUUAUAGAAACCGGGCCUGAGUGACCACUAAUUUGGCACAACAAAAAGCAAGUUCACCUGUAAGGCAAUAUUUAGAGAGGCAAACUCGUCAGUGUUGCAUUUAUAGAACAAAGAGUUUUAAAUCUAUCAUUAUAUAUUUCGAAAAAAGAAGUGCAACGGCCAAUAUAGAUUUUAUUUAUAUACCAAGCAGUUUUUUUUUUUUUUUUUGUUUUUUUUAGUUUUUUUUCUCUUCCUCUGGCCUAGCAGAAGUCUAACUUUAACAGGGUUGAACCAAGGGUUAUGAGAUGCAAAGUAUUUGUUUGUGUAUGUCAUUUUUUUUCCUAUUUAAGUUUGAAUCACGCUUGUAUUACCAGACGGUAGAUAAGAACCGUGUCGUCAAGUUGUAACGGUGUACGCCAGCUGUCCACAUAUUACAUUUCUCAUAUUUAAUAGUACCGGCUGUCAUUGAGGGAAAUGUGGACGGCAGUGGUUUUUGAAUGAAGAUGUUGACAUUCUACCCAAGAGUUCAGUUGACAUUUGGGUGUUUGUUAACCGUCAAUGACAUGAAGGACUGUGCUUUUUAUUUUGGUGUGUUUUUUUUUUUAAGCUCGCUUCCUCCUAAAA